AUGAAUCUUCGUUGGUGUUUCUUUGCUUGUCUCUUUCUCUUGGUGGGGUUGAAAGUAGAGCUAGCUAAUGCUCAGAUUUACAGAAAGGUUGGAAAAAAAAUCCUUCCUUAUACCAAAAUAGUUGUGGAUCAAUCAGGGCAUGGAAACUUCUCUACCAUACAAUCUGCUAUUGAUUCAAUCCCUUCCAACAACAGACAUUGGGUCAACAUCAAAGUGAAUGAAGGUACCUACAGAGAAAAAGUGAAGAUUCCUCUGGAUAAGCCUUACAUUAUACUAAAAGGAGAUGGAAAGAGGUCAACUUUAGUUGACUGGGAUGACCAUACGGCAACCGAUCAAAGUCCUACAUUCUCAAUCUUGGCUGACAAUAUUGUUAUCAAAUCCAUGAGCUUUAGGAAUUCAUACAACAAUCCAAUGAAUAGUAAUCCCGUAACACCUGCCGUAGCUGCAAUGGUAACGGGCGACAAGUGUUACUUUUUUAGAGUUGGUUUCUUUGGUAUGCAAGACACUUUGUGGGACGAAUCGGGAAGACAUUACUACAAGCUUUGUACCAUACAAGGUGCUAUUGAUUUUAUCUUUGGCAGAGGCCAGGCUUUAUUUGAGAGUUGUGCCAUAUAUGUUAUUGAUGGGGCACUAGGUCCAGGUUGGCCUGGUUAUAUCACAGCACAAGGGAGAUCAAGUCCAAAAGAUUCAAAUGGUUUUGUUUUCAAAGAUUGUAAGGUGUUUGGAACUGGGUCAAUUUACUUGGGAAGGGCAUGGGGAGAUUACUCUAGAGUUCUCUUCUACAAUACCUAUAUGUCCUCCAUUGUACAACCUAGUGGUUGGGAUGCAUGGUAUUCCGCUGGACACGAGGAUCGCAUAACGUUUGCGGAGUAUGACAAUUUUGGACCUGGUGCUAAAACAUCCAAGCGAGUGAAUUGGACUACGAAGUUGGGUUUAUCAACAGUUAAGGAGUUAGCAAGUUUGAAAUUCAUUGACACUGAAGGAUGGGUUGACAGAUUAAGAAUUAUUGGUAGGCCUGGUUAUAUCACAGCACAUGGGAGAAAUAAUCCAAACGAUGCAACUGGUUUUGUUUUCAAAGAUUGCAAGGUUUUUGGAAAUGGGAAAACUUACUUAGGAAGGCCUUGGAGAGAUUACGCUAGAGUUCUUUUCUAUAACACCUAUAUGUCCAACAUUAUAAAACCUACUGGUUGGGAACCAUGGCAUUCCGUUGGACAAGAGUAA